AUGGUAUUGAAAGAUGGAAGGAGGAGGGGGAGGAAAAAGCUAAGGCCAACCUCUUGGAAAAAGUACAAAGAAGAGCCCUCCAAAAGGCUCACAUUCACCGAGGUGCAAAAGUCGCUCGUGGGCAACGUCACAUUCCUUCACAGGGUCUUCCUCUUCUUGGAGUAUUGGGGCUUGAUCAACUACGGCACCACCCCACCUUCUUCUAGUUCGAACGCAAAGGAUGUGGAGGAGGAGCAUUGCAAGAUGUGUUUCGAUUGCAACGCAAAGAACCCUACCUGGGCAUCCAUCACGUAUAGGAUCUUUCUCUGCAUUGAUUGCUCCACCAUUCACCGCAAUCUCGACGUGCACAUCAACUUCAUGAGGCAAGUUUUUGCUGAUUUCAAUGAAUAUCAAGGCUGUGAAAGAACCAAAGGCAUGCAAGUACUCAACUUGGGCAGAGAAUUUGAGAUGCAGAGCAUGAAAGAGACUGAAACAAUUAAAGGCUACGCUGACCGGCUGUUAUGCAUAACAAAUAGAGUGAGGCUUCUUGGGAAGGACUUUCCUGAUGAAAGAAUAGUGCAAAAAAUUCUGGUCACUAUACCCGAGAAGUAUGAAUCGAAGAUAUCAGCAUUAGAGGAGUCUAAAGACCUGUCAACCAUCACCUUGGGAGAACUCAUAAAUGCUCUACAAGCCAGGAGCAGAGAAGAAUGA